AUGGUUAGAUCAGAGAGUUUGGGGACUUUUCGUAAGCAAGUUUGUGGUGUUUGCAGAGUGGAGCGCGAAGUGACAGCGCGGCUGCGUGCCUCCCAGGAUGAGGCGUACGCGGAGUCGUUGGCCGCCGACCAGGAGAAGGAGAGACGCCGCGCCGCAGACCGCGCCGCAAGACAGCAGCAGGAGAAGGAAUUGUUGCUGAAACAGCAGCAGGAGGAGCGCCGCAAGCUUGAUGUGGUGAGCGCGCGCAAGGCGAUUGCGGCGCGGCUGUCGCCCGAGCCGUCCACGGGCUUCGACACUGUUAUGCUGCUCAUCCGCCUGCCCGACGGCGAGCGCCUGCAGCGCCGAUUCAACAUCAAACAGACUACGCAGGAACUCUACGACUACGUGUUUAGUCACCCGGAGUCGCCAGAAGAGUUCGAGAUGACAACCAAUUUUCCUAAACGAAUCGUGCCGCGAGGUACCGUUAAUCUAUUCGAAGUCGGCCUCAAAGACCGCGACGUGCUGUUCGUCAACGACAUCAAUGCAUAAACCGGUGUGUUCAGUCAGACAGACUAGGUACGCCCGAAACAACUACGUAUUCGAUACCUCUGACGACUUCGCUGAAAUGACAUGGUAUCUAAGCUGGAAUCGAUUGUAGAAGUGAUUUCACAUUUCUGUAUUAUAUACAAUGUACCUACAUUUAUUUAUGGACGUUUAUCGAUGUUUUUGAACAUCUACAAUUUCAUGCAGGACUGUAAGAAAUAGUCUUACCUGUUAUUACAAAUUAAUUCAAUAAGGCAAUAUAUAUAUAUAUGAGCCACAUUUCCAUCUGCUGUUUAGUGGCGGAUCAAAGUAACGAUAUUGUAUUAAAUUAGGGAGUAAUUGAGAUUAGGAAACGCCUAUCAGGGUGUUGCUAAUUUUGUACUUAACGUGUCGCUGUCUGUACUGUAAAUGUUUUAUCUGUUUUUGAGACAGAAAGAUAAUUUGAAGUCCAAUAAACGCAAGCGUAUUGACUUUUUGUUUUUAUUCUCUUAGGUUGUAGUCAUACGGGUUGUAUUCCUGCUGAAUCGCAAAUGUAAGCGGACACUGCUAACACUGAUAUUUGACAGUCGCGAUAUCAUCUGCAUUCAAUUGUCAUCCGGCUGCAUUGCACCUGCUAUUUUGCAGUACCGAUGUAUCGUAAGCGCUGAUAAGCUGGAUUUUAACUGUUAAUUUGCAA